UUCUCCCCUAUAUAUUCCUACAAAUUCAGACGUCAUUUACGAGAACACAAUAACAACUCGACGGCAUUUAAAGUGCAGAAAGCUGAUAAUUUCUUUUUUUGGUAGAUUUAUGUGAUUUUUAUUGGAGAAUGAGGAAUACAUGUCUUUAUUUGGCUGUCAUCUUUACAAUUCUGAAAUAUUCAUAUUCUAGACGACCUUUUCGAGAUCGACCACCAUUGUUGGCAAUGACUGAGAACGGGAUCUCGUUUUUUGACAGAGGAACAUGGCGAGAACGUGUAUUGUGUAACAAAAGUCACACCUAUAACCAUUUUAAAUCUAUUGAUAUCCAUUAUAAAAAGAAAAUGGCUUUCUGGACAGAAUCUGUUAUGCUAAAGUCAGGAAUCUAUAGCCAUGAAAUAAGAUCAGCUAAGCUAUUGAAUGGGGGAUUUUCCGAAAUAAGAACCGUUUCUACUGGUGAUUGGACAGCAAGACUCGCUGUAGAUUGGAUAAAUGAUAAAUUAUACUUUAGUGACCUUAUUGGAGAAUUGUUUACAGGCGAUAUCUAUGCUACUAAUCUUGAUGGGACGGAUAAACAGCAUUUAUUACACGUUAAUAUGCUACAUGGGGACAAUCAAUUUCAAAUCGAUCCAGUGAACAGGUGGAUAUAUUUCGUGUCUCUAAGUGCGAAGUCACCAUUACAUAGUUAUGAUAUACUUGAGAGAGUACACAUGGACAUGAAUGGAACAAACAGACAAAUCAUCGAUGCUGAUACUUGUCUCGAUAAAAACCAGUACAAUUGUGAAUUAGCGUUUGCAGUAGAUCAUACUACAGGCAGAGUAUUCUGGAUGGAUUUCUUUAGUUCUAUGGUGCACAGUAUGGAUGCUAACGGGGAAAACAGACAAACAUAUAGCUUUUCAAAAUAUGAACGAGCUAUUCGAUCGAAUAAAUACAAAAUGCAUCAUACUAUUGACAAGUGGAUUGAGAUCGCCUACAAGGGAAACUUGUAUGGUAUGAAAAAAUUGCGAAAAGAUAAAAAGAACAAGAUUUUCCGCUUAAACACCAGAAACAACAAAAUUAUUUCCUUACCACUUGGAGUUCCAGUUCAACAUUUCAGAAUAUUCCAUAGUUCCACGCAACCAAACAACAACAUGAAAUAGUUCAGAAAAAUUAUUUGAAAGAAAAUUACCUAAACAUGUAGAAACAAAGAUUAUGAAAUAAAUAUGCUUGUUAUUGUA